UUAAAAACAGGCGGCAGACGAUGCGCGCAGCGCAGCUCGCUUCCCUGUUUGGCUUCUGAGAGAAAGCAGCGCAGCUUGGUGUGUUCCAGUGCUGCAGGACGACACAAGGGCAGAGAGAUGCAGCGCCGAGGUUGAGAAGCGGCUCGAGAAGGAGGAGAAACAACGAGCCCCCCGCGCCGUCUGCUGCCAAAAACAUGCCAUUGAUCCCGAUGGGAGGACGGCGACACGCGCUCCGCUCAAUGGUUGUAACGACUCGUGACGGCUCCCAAACAAACCAGUGAGGCUCACGUGGCGUCUCCGUGCUUCUGUUAUGCUGCCUGAUCUCAGCGAAACACCUGAAUAAUGAAGCGUGUGUUGCCGAAUCUGACACGUGCGCGCCCAUCUGAGGUGGUCAGGACCCUGGAAAAAAACACUAUAAAGUCGUGAGCAAUCCAGAGUCUGCGUCAUUGUGUUCCCAUAAUGAUCUCUGUAUGUGUGUUAUUGUUUUGCACUUUCUUCAUUUGGACCACAUCAUAUUCCCUCCCUCCUUGUUGAGUCAUGUCUGAGGCCAAACGCUCACAUUUGCCCACAAGUAUAGCCUCCACCGGUCGUGAUCCGGACUUGAAUGACUCUGAAUCCAUUCACAAAUGUCCACAUUUAAAUUUAAAUGUAGACAAGACUGAACUAGAAAGCGGAACUCACUAGUGCAGCAACACCUGAACACUAUACGGGACGGAUGUAAACAAACAUGGCUGACCGCCCGACCCAUCUCUCUCCCACCUCACAUCCCGACCCUGUGGAACGUAUCUGCAGUUACUGUUGUAACUGCCUGAAUUAAAGCUGAACUGAACAUUCCCCAGUUUUACCUCCGAGACUGCGUCCAUCCAAACGUCCGUCAGUCUCCGCCCUUGUAAGGAGCUCCGGAACAAAACAAUGAGCGUCAGUCCAGAAACUACUCACGCAACAUGGACUUACUUUAGAAUUUUUAUUUGGCAUGAACAUUUAUUUAUUUAUUUAUUUGUGUGUGUGUGUUCUUUGCACUUGAAAUACUCAUUGAUUUUUGCAAAUAAACCAUAUUUUGGACCUUUUUCAGGCUAAAAACUACAAUUUUUUUACAAGGUACUUUGUAAAAUUUCCCGUCAUGUUAUGCCUUGACGUAUGCGCCUGACAUUUUGUGCUGCAACCUGGAAAUACUGGAGGCACUACAUCAGUCAAAGCACUUUUCAGCGAGCCCUGGGUUUCCAUAAGGGUUUAGCCUGAAGAUUAAGAUGUACUUUAUGUUCUGAGUUUAACCCAGGGACGUGGGGUGAAGUGAAAAUGAUCUGAGAGUUAAGUCCUGACCGCAUGUGGCUAGUCGACAUUCCAGUGACGUAGCUCCGGGAAAGACCUCAUUACUAAUCCGCUGUGAAUGAAGAUGCAGUGAACUUGUGCAUAGACUGUAUGUAUGUACAAAAGGAGCGUAGCUGGUGCCAAACUUUGUGCUUGUAACUCAUGACAUUGACAGUAUUGAAAACAAUUUGUGGUCGGGAUACCAACAGUUAGCUUUGCACGUACAUGAGGUCAGGAGAAUAAUAAUAAUACCAGUCGAGGAGGACCCAGUAUUGUCCUUAAAACUUGAGAGUGAACUUAAGACUGAAGGACCAAAAGUAUAUUAUUUAUGUUUUCAUUGUGUAACAUGUGCUUCAACUGCUGCAGGGCGUUAUGGAGAGGCAGCUUUUACUAUAGGCACUUUCACUGGCAGGAGAUACUGCACUGUAUUGGUAGCCAAUAGUGGCCCACGGGCCUCGUGUUGGACACUCCUGUAGCGUAUUGCUGGGUUUUCCUCUUAAUUCAGCACCUGCUGUGUCCGACCUGUGGAUUCCUUGCAUUUGACGUGUGUGUCACGCCUCUCCUCCCCUGCAUCGCCCGGGGCGUCGCGCCCCAGACGACGGACGGCACUUUGCAUUCAGACAUCUGCGUGAUUUAAUUACUCGGCAAACACAAUUCCUCCAAGGUCCCAGCGGCCGUCAAUCACUGCGGUCACAGGAACUAAACACACUCACAUUCACGGCGAUGACUCAAAAUGGAGGUUCCUGGCAUGACGUCCGACGUUCAGAGGCACAGGAGAAGAAGGUGCAGCGUUGAUCGGAUUAAUAACGUCAUGAGACUGAUACUGCCUUUUUAUUCGCUGCAAUUCUGUUUCUAUUCCUCUGAGUUAAAAGGAAAGAAAGUAGCCCCAAAACAUAGGACCUUUAAUGGUUGCCUGUAUCAUUCAAUGUUACUUCAUGGUAAUGUCCCGGGUUACCAUCUGGAUCCCCGAAUCUUUGGGAUGGUUCUUCACUCUGCGCCAACAACUUCUUCAUUGCCUACUGUACUGUGUUUGAGCCAGUUCAGGAACGCUACCGCCCCCUCCAGUCCCGCUGGCCGCGCUUCAGUUUGACUGCUCAUCGUAUCAAUAAUCUUUGAAAUGCCAAAAAAGGGUAGUUAACACCCAUAUAAUAAAUGUUUGACACUUUGGAUGGGCAACUUCGGGAAUGAAACCAUGAAACUCAAACCACAAAUGUUUGUCUUUCAAUUUUAACGUGAGUAAAGGGCUUGGUUGCUCUAUAGCUAAUGAGUGUGAUAGGACACAGCUCGGGUUUAGAGAGGCGCUAACCAAGAUUAGUGAUGAAUGGCUCGCGCUAUGAGACCCAGACGCACCAGGUCAUGGUAUCCUAGCAACUGAGAUCAGCAUCGACCAUUCAGCCCCGCAUGUCCAGUGGAGCCCAACCUCAGUCUGCUCCGCGCAGCUGUUUGACAGCACAUGUUGCUGCGUCCUCUCACACCUCCUGUCGUCACGUAUGAAUCCAUCUAUUUGGCAUGUGCUGCGACUGAAAUACCAUCUGCCACUCAGGGAGGAUAAAAUCUCUGAGCAGUGCCUGGGUGAUACGGAGCAGAUCUGUGCCGAGGUGAGGAGUGAUCUUGUUGGUUUGAUAGAGUGUCUUUGUAAGAAUGUCGUGUGUUUUCAGGCUGGAUUGGCGCCUCACCAGUGAGGAACUAGCUCACGAAUGAUACGGGCCACUCACUCACCAUCCCGAUGUAGGCGGCUGACCCAGAAGACUCACAUCGGUCUGCAGCUAUGAUGCAAACUCCAGCCUCCAUGGUGAUGGGGAUCGUCUUUUCCCCUCUGGGACUGGUCCUUCUCUUCACCGCUGCCAUCACUCCGCAGUGGCGAGAGGGUCAGACACGUUUGAGCGUGUCAGGCUCCGGAUCGCUUCUUCGCUCGGGACCGAAGGGUAACGGAUUAGGGCUCAGGUCCGGGUCGGUGGAGGCGUUGCUACUGGUCCGCUCCGACGGUCUGUGGGAGAGCUGCCUUCAGGUGGAGAAGUCCGAGCUAAAGCAGUGCUGGCCUGUGGCGGGGCCGUACCAGAGGGACCCCAGGGUUCGCCUGGCACAGGGUCUGGUGCUGACCUCUUUGUUCCUGUGCGGCACCGGGAUCGUCCUGGCCUGCAUUGGUGUCCGCUGCUGGACUGACCUGCCCCUCCGAGGCGUGACAGCGACAGGUGGACUUCUGGUGGUGACAGCAGGGGUGUUGAGCCUCACGGCAUUGAGCGUUUACACCCAGAACCUUGGGAGGUUAGGGAUGCAGGAGCAGCGUCCAGGAGUCAACAGUUCCAGGUUCCCUCCCCUCAGCUUGCACGCCGCCGGGUCCCUCUACUUUGGAUGGUUAGGGUCGUGCUUACAGGUUCUGGGGGGCGGGGCUCUGAUGUUUAGCUUCAAACGACCCCGACGGCCCACGUGUCCGUCGUGCCCGACGUGCCCAGAGGUGCCCGCAUGCCCCGCUUGUCGCUCGUGUCCUGUUUCGAACAAUAAACCCAGCACGGAUGUGUACGAAGUCAGCUGUUAGAGCCAGAGCCUCCAUAGAGGGGAGCAGCUUUGGACCCAGUGGAGGGGAAGUACCACCAACCUCUGGGAAGAAAGGUGCUCCCCUCGCAAGGUUCUGGUGUGCGCCUGGCACAUGACUGUUUUGUGGAGUCCUCACAGAGCUUCUGGAGCAGUGUCGCUUGUUUUAACUGCGCUGGUUUUUCGAGGCAAAAAAAACCUGCCUAAGCCUCACUGACACUGGGUAGGAUCUCGCAGUGGUAGACUCUUCUGCAAAACAAAAAAAUCUGGAUGGGUUUGUUAGCCCCCCCAACAGCCCUUUCGUGAGCCUCACAUGUCACAGAAAGUAACAGGGUUUACCCACUUUUUGACACUUUACCGACUUCAUCGGUAACACAACCGAUAAAGUCGGAACCCAAAUGCGGACCAAACAGACCAGGCAAUGCAGCACAAGAAUCAACAAUGGAAUACAGGAAUCCAGAAUCACAAUUCGAAACACUAGAAUGCUCAGCAAAGCCCCAAAACUAAACCGGGGUUAGAACAGAACAAGCUAACACUCAAGUCAGAAAGUAUAAAAACACUGCCAAGAUUACUGAGAGCUGCACUGAGGCCUGUGCCAACCCAGAAAUCCUGACAAUCCUUGACUGCAAGUGGAACCCAGUUAUAACUGCCUCUCGGAAACAGGAAGUUUGGCGGCAAAAUAAAAUCCAAAUAUGGCAUGAAUUUCAAUAAUAAUUACAUAUCUUUCCUUGCUAGCUUCUGCAUUCCCAGUAGACCCCACCAGGGGGGUUAAAGUUGGGUGUGGAUAGUUGCCCCUCACUGGUGGCGGUCGGCUUCAGCCCGUCCUCCACGAUGAGGGACGGAGAGUGAAAUGAAAUCAAGUGAUCUCACGGAUGCUGUGUGAAAAGACCUGCCGUCCUGUGGAAGUGUCAGGUCGUGCUGCCUUCUUCAGCCAUGCCGCCGUACUGUUAGCAACCAACCAGUGACUCAUCGUAAGAGCUUGUGAGCUGUUUACUGCACGACGUAAUGAUGGGCUUUUUACUGGGGCCGCUCCGGAUGUGACUGUGGUUCUGGUGUAUGUUAUCGCUCUCAGUCAAAUCAUUGUGAGUCGGGAAGCUUUGUUUAAAAAAAAAAAAAAAAAGGAAAAUCAGCCGUUUAUGUUUGGAUGUAAUGGAUGUAUUGAUUGUUAACUCUGUGUUAAUGUCGAUAACUGUGGUGCGUUUGUCAAUAAAGUUGCUGAUCGUGAUUUUCUCUGGUGUCAUGGUGUGUACUGGGUAAGUUCACGUCGAACCUCAACCCUUGUUCAGAGAGUGAACAACUUCAUAUUUCAGAUUUACCUUUACUCUUAUGAACGUAGACAAGGCAGCAACACAACCAACACUGCAGAAACAAAGACGCCAGAAAAAUAAACCUGACAUUCACAACGGUUAUUCAUUUUGAUAUCAUGUCUGGUUCGAUUAAAUCUUGAUGGGAACAUAUUCUGACAAUAGCGACCAGACAGAAUGUGUAUCCCCCACAUCAGGACGUAUACAUAUAAAUAUAAUGAUGAAUUUUUGUAGUUCAAACAGUAGCACAUCUGGGGUGUCCAGGAUUCUUUUCGUUUCUAAUGCAGUGUUUUUCAACCUUUUUCUAGCCACGGCAGUCUUGGUUCAUUGAAAAAAUCCAGAGGCUCACCACCAAAGGAACCUUGGCCAAAGUGCACUUGUGCUUAAAGUCCUAUAGAAAACCCCUAUUCAUUU